GUUUCUCGUGUUGACACUCGUAAUGCAGACGGUAGUUUAAUUUAAUUUUAUCGACCCAGUCUGAGUGUGGACUAAAUGCAGAAAACGUGAUCCUUCAGUGCCCUCUCUCUCAAUAUGAAAUUUUGUCUAGUGGGCUAACCGUUUACCACCUUUUCAAAUUCCAGAAGUGGGAUUUUUUAUGGAAACAUAACAUUUUGCAAGAUAAACCAUACCCACAGCCAGUGCAAAAGACAGCAGAGAACAUGAGUUGCGUAACCAUGGAUGAUGAAUAUGAACAUAUACUGGCAGAAAGUGCAAACAUUAUAAUUAAUGAAGCAAUGAAAAAUGCUUUUGAUCAUUUGAGAUACAUGGAGCAAAGUCAAGAGAGAACAAGCCAAGAUCAGAAUCCGAACAAAACCAGUUCUUAUAAGAAGAAAACCAUGGCAUGGACUGCAUGCAAAGACUUUACAGUGGAACUAGGAAAACAACAGAUUGAAGAAUUCAUUUCUACAUGGGAAAUCCAUGAAAGUUGGCUUCACUGCAUUGACUUUCUGAGGGCAACAGAGCUUGAGUUUAGCAAACAGUACCAUUAUCAAGUAAAAUGGAGCAUACCGACUCGCCGCAAACCCAUCCCAUAUGCAACCGCCUGUGUAUAUUUCAUCAUUGAAGUUUCCAAAAUUAAACCAUCUACACUCCCUGUAGAAGUUUACUAUUUUACUGAAUCAAACCGUCUGAAACACAGGCCAAAUGAGACAAGAUUCAGAGAAAAGUGGUUAAAAGACAUAAUAGAAAGCAAGAUGUUCUUGAUGGAAACUGUCAAUUUUUGAAUCCGUUUGUCUGCUAAACAGUUGCAUUUUGUGACUGGCUUACAUUCCUGGAAUAACAUUAAGACUUCAUUUGCAAAAUGGAAAUCCUAUCAUUAUUUUACAAAUGGAAACUAAACAUUUGUGUACUGUCCAUGAGCUUAUGGGAUUCAGGCUGCAAGGAAAUAGCAGCUGCAGACUUGUAAAGCUGGGUUAUUGUAGGAAACUAUUAUUUCUUACAGGUGUCAGGAAACUGCUACUUAAUAACAUACUAUAAAUUUAGUAGAAUCUGAAUGCACUGUAAAAAAGUCCAAACGGCAGUUAUACCUAACAUAUAUAAUUAGCCCAUAUUUGUGUUCCUCUUUUAUCUUGCCCUACAUUGUCCAAAUUAUUUUUCAACACUCAAAAAAAUAUUUAUGUGAAUUUUAAAGCAAGCAGUAUAUCUUAGCUCUGACAAGGAAAAAUCAUGUUCGCAAGUAAAAUUAACAACUUCAUUAACUGAAAUGUAAAGAUUGUUUGCAUUGUUUAAGAUAUCACCAUCAACCUCUUUAGUCUAACUGUAAAACAAAAGUAAAGAAAAGUUUGUUUUAAAGAAUAAAAAUAUUUUUUGAGUAUG